UGUUUCUCCUAAUAACUGAUAAUAACCCUUUGAUCUUUCAUAGAUAAAUAACCUUUUUACAAUAUUUUACACUGUAAAUUUUAUAUGGCUGUUACAUUUAAGGAGACUUUAUUAAAUGAUUUACAAACUAGUGGAAACGAAGUUAAUCUAGGCGAAAUAUUUAGUAACGGCAAACACGAUGCAUUCUUUGAAUACGACAACAAUUCCCAAAGAGAAUUAUUUUACUGCGACAAUGAACAAGAAGAAAUUGAGGAACGUUUUUCAAGAAUAUUUAUGGAAAAAAUCAAAGGAGAAACACAAGAAAACUUUAAAAACGAAAAAGAAGAAGAUACUGUACAAUUUCACAAAUUAGAACCAAUAUUAAGCGACGAAGAUUUUUCUCAUUUGGUAGGAAUACCUGUAAAAAGUUAUUAUAAUUCAUAUAUUUUGGAUGAUAUUGAAGAUGAAUAUAAAGAAGAAAAAGAAGUUUUUGAACAUACUUAUGAAGACGAGAAAGAAGCAGAUGAAUUCUCAUAUUAUAAACAAUCAGAUGAAGGAAGUAGAGAAAAAAUAAUAUCAAUUGGAGAUGAAGUUUUAAGAAAGUCACUUACAAUCGAAGAGAGAAUAAAUUUGAUAACGCAAAUAAGGUCAGCAAUGAAUGAACAUAAAAUUUUAAAACUGAAGAACAAUUAUCUUCACCAAAAUUGUUGUAAAGUACUUGUUGCUUGUUCAAGAAUGGAUACUGUUGAAAAAGGUCUAGAUCAAACUAUGGUUCACAACGAUUUAAGAUACAAAGUAACUUUGGAGGAAUACUACAAAAUGAAAUUCAAGACCGAAUGUCGAAUGAAUCUAUUUAAAAUCCGGACUCAGAACUUAGAAACAAAUUUAUUAUCAAUUGAAACCGAAUUCAAUAAGGUUUCUGAUGAAUUGAGUAAUUUAGAAUUCGAACAAGCUCUUGGGCUCAGGAUCUCAGGUACUGGAAGACGACUGUCAGAGGAUGAUACCAAAAAACUAAUAGAGAAGCGAAAACAACGUUCGCUCGAAAUGACUCAAGUCCGGAUCACUUACAUUCAAUAUAAGAAUAUUUUGAAGAACAUAAAUAAUAAUCUUUGCAAGUUGGAAUCUUUAGGGUUAGGACUUACUACUGAAUACUAUGGUAAUUUGUUGAGACAUAAACAAUCGCUGAUGGACCGAGUAGAGGAGCAGAGAGAGAACAUCAGAAAACUACAGAAGAUAUAUUUUACUUAUCCUGUGCUACUGAAUGUUGUAAGAGAAAAUUCUAUUUUUACGGAGACCUACAUCACUGAGCAAAUGAAGAAAUGGGAAGAAUUCAAUAAUAUUGAAGAAAGAAUACAAAAUGAAGUCGUAGCUUUAGGGAGAAAAAGAGCCGUCUUGCGGACUAAAAAUCAUAAACUGAAAACUUCCAUUCGUUUUUUAGAAAAUCCGAUUAUGAUGAAACAACGAGCAAUCACAAAAGCCAAGUUGACGAAAAAGUGUGAAAAGUAAUUCGAUUGACAACGAAAUUAACUUAAAAUUCUACAAUAAA